AUGGUUGUUUGUGAAGUGAGAGCAGGUACUACAGCUAGUUUUUGGUUUGAUAAUUGGACAUCUUUAGGACCAUUGAUUGAGUUGGUGGGGGAGAAUGGUCCUAUGGUGUCAGGGUUGAGCAUCAACGCAGUUGUUGCUGAUGCACUUACGAGUGAGGGAUGGUGGUUGGAUCGCAGUAGGAGCAGAAGUCCAACGAUCACUCUCCUAAAAGAGUGUCUUCCUGAUGCGCAGGAGAUCAUUGAUGCUGAAGAGGAUGAUAAAUAUUGGUGGUUCCCACAGCCUGGACAAGGUACUGGAGUAUUCUCAACAAGUGAGACUUGGAGAGUCCUACACCCAUCUCCAGUUGAGGUUUUCUGGCAUAAGGCAAUUUGGUUUAAUGGGAGAAUUCCUAAGCAUGCCUUUAUUUCCUGGAUUGCUGCUCGUAACAGGAUGGUUACUAGAGAUAGACUCAUAAGUUGGGGACUGCAAGUGCCAUCGAGCUGUGUUCUGUGUUCGGGGUCUAUAGAGAGUAGGCAACAUCUGUUUUUUAACUGCUCCUUUAGCUCCCGAGUGUGGAACUAUUUUAUGUCUAAGAUGAACUUGGCUCCUCCCCACGAUUUUGAAGCUGUUCUAAGAUGGCUAGUGAACCCAGCGAAAGACAAGAAUUUAACUCUGGUUGUUAGGCUUGUGUUUCAAGCGGUGCUGUACUUGAUCUGGAAAGAGAGGAAUAGGAGAAUUCACUCGGUUGAAAAGAAGUCUACAAGCACUCUUAUUGCAGAGAUUCAACAAACCAUUAAACUCAGACUUGAUCCGUUGGCUCGUAGGCAAAGGCUCAUCACAGGACAGGAUUCUGUAUUGGCGGUAUGA